AUGCAUCUUUUACAAAUGAACAAUUCAUUGAAUACCCUACUUUUGACAUUGGUUACGCUUACUGCUGUUGCCAUGGCAGUGGUUGCCAUCGAGCCUACAAGUGUACCUUUGAGUGGCCCUAGUGGUACGGUUUGCGCUGCCGUGGUAUGUCCUAGCUCGGAUGGAAAUUCAGCAGCAGCACCAUGCCCAGAACGAUGCAAGGAUGCUUGUGUGCAAGUUCAAGACCCCUGUUGCCCAGACCAAACAGUAGCCGUGUGCAGUGAUGAAUAUAGUUCAGUCGUUGGAGGAGGAGGAUCUUCAACAUCAGCAGUGGCUUCAUCUGGUGGCCCAUCAUCAUCAUCUUCUACUGUCGAACCAUCAGCUUCUGCAACCUCCACGACAGCUGCUCCAUCUGGCUCCGAGGUCCCGAGCGAGAAUCCCUCUUCUUCUUCUUCACCAGCAGCUGAAUCAUCCACUGAACCUAACAACGAAGGAGGUGCUGUAGCAUUAGCAGGACGACCCGGUGUUUUGCUUCCAUUGGCAUUGUUAGUGAUUGCCAUGUUGAUGGGCUGA